GGGCACACUGUUCUUCAUGCCUGUCGAAGUUAUGAUAGGCGAAUACCUUUUUGAACCUCAAACACACAUACUCAAUUUUGAGCCCGUGCCCACCCUUUCCAUUUCGGUAUCACUAUAUGCAUGAUUUCGAGUCGGUGUUGUGGGUUUUCAUCUACUUUCUCCUGACAAAAUGGCCAGCUUCCGAGUCUCCUCCAAGUGAGGAACAACAGAAUGCUCGGGAUGGGUUUUUCUCUCGUGCUUUUGUUUUUGGGAUGCGCAAAGAUUUUAUAGACGGUAAUUCAAAAAUGCGUCGUCUCGCUGUGGCAAGCACGCCACAGAACUUUCAUCUUGACUGGGCAUCUGCUUCACAUUUUGCGGAAGUUUUGAAGGCAAAGUAUCGUGCGCUGCAGGAGUCACUCCCAAUCGAUUUCAACAAUGCUUUUCAUCCUUCCCUGUACUCAGAUUGGCGGCUGGCAUUCAUUCGUUGUGCGACCGAGGGCUGGGCAGGGGUAGUUACUCACCGCGAUCGCACCAAACGACCGGCUGAAGACGAUCCGGAGAAGGAGGCCAAGAAGUCGAAAGUUACCUGAUUCACUGUCUUUGGUAUCAUCUUCCUACUCCACCUCUAGUACUCUCAAUAUCCUUUAUCCUCCCCCCCACUCACACCACCACUACUAUUCCUGCCCCUUCAAGUUGUAUGUCCAUCAUUCACCCUACCGAUAGCUUACUCCUGUCGUCAUAUGCUCCACAAUCGCUCUCAGGCUGUUGUUUUUCAUCUCAAUUGUACUGUACACUCAUCCAUAUAAACUACUACAGUACAUACUUAUCACAAAGUGAUAUUAGGUAGACGUAUACCAAUCUUCAUAAUCAUCGUAAAAAAUCUUCUAUCAUGCAUAAGAAACAGUGAUAACGGC